AUGGGAUUCUUUACAUUCCAAUGGCCCUACGACGCGAACGAGGUGUUCGUUACGGGCACGUUCGACGAUUGGGGUAAGACGGUGAAACUUGACCGGGUGAGCGAUGGCUUCGCCAAGGAGGUGUCUCUGCCCAUUGAGAAGGUGCACUACAAGUUUGUUGUGGACGGUAUCUGGACCACUGAUAGUCGUGCUCGCGAAGAGACUGACGGACAUAACAACGUCAAUAACGUGCUCUUGCCUGAAGAGAUCCACGAUUCCCCCCACCCCGCAUCCGCGAUCAUGUCUGGUGUCACCCCCGAGUCCACCACCGCGGCCCUCGCUGCGGAUGUCCCCAAGACCAACGGCGACAUUCCCGGUUCCUUCCCUGAGACCCCGGCACAGGAGUCCGAGCAAAUCCUAACCGUCAAUCCCAUUCCCGCCUCGGGUGGCUACGGCAAUCCGGUCAAGCUGAACCCGGGCGAGAAGGUCCCUGACCUAAGCUCGAUCCAUGGCAACACCGUUGACUCGACCGUGAAACUGGACAAGGAGUCGUAUGAAAAGGGAGACAGUGUUCCCCUGGGCAGCGCUGGCACUCAGAACGACACCGCCAGCUCCAGUGCUUUCGCCGUGCCCCCCAUUUCCAGGAACGUUAUUCCCGAGUCCAGUCUGCCCAUGGGUGGACCCGCUCAGCGGGCUGCUAUGAGCGACCAGCAGGCCGCCGCCGAUCCUGGCUACACCAUUCAGUCGGCCGCUCCCCACUCGACCACCGCUGCUCUGGCUGCUGAGGUACCCCUCGAGAAGAACAAGGAGCCGGCCGACGACCGUGACUACACUACUCAAUCGGCAGGUCCUACCGCAACCACAGCUGCCAUGGCCGGUGCUGUUCCUCUCGAGAGCAGCAAGCAGACUAAUGGUACCACGCCUGUCGAGGAUGUCCCAGAGAUUGUGAAAGAGUCGAUCGCCGAAUCCAAUCAUGGCCCCGAGGCAGCAGCCAACAAGGAGGCGGUUGAAGAGAAGAAGGAGGUUGAGCAAGAACUUCAGAAGAAGGUUGCCAUGAAUGAGUCGGCCGGCGCUCCGGCUCCUACGGUUUCUGCGGCUACUCAACCCACUGCCCCUGGCCACGGCGCCGGUCUCGCCGCUCCUGGCUUCGACUCUGCCGAUGUCUCGCCCAUGUCUACUCCUCCUCCGGGCCGCUCUGAUGCACCGGCGCCAACCUCGACACCUGCCACCGCCACCCAGACUGCCCCAUUGGUUACUGAUGGACCUGUGACCGUCUCUACCGAGGCAGUAAGCACCCCGAAGCCUGCCCAGAAGUCCAGCACCACCGAGACUGCCGGCACCACCACUACCUCGGCGGGAAGCAGCAAGGACGACAAGAAGAAGCGCCGCAGCUGGUUCUCAAGGUUGAAGGAAAAGCUCAAGUAG